UUAAUAUUGAAUGAAGCUAAAUUUAGAGGUGGGGUGGGUGUGGGAAACAUUAUCUUGAGUCGUUAGUUUGUCUUGAGCUGUUGCUGUUGCUGUUGUUGUAAAAUUCAGUCUACAAGUGGCAACUGUUGCUAAGGGUCCCAUUACCUGAGUAACCAGCGACUGUUUACUCCGGUCUAGUAGGUUUGCAGCGCGACAGACUGAACUGCAGACAGACAGAAGUGUUUUCAUUCACAGGCCCUCGGUCUGUUGGUUUGCCGUUUGUCUGGGCCGUGCAGUUGGACUACAAGGUUGAGCACACAUGGUGGAAAAGAGUGGAUGAGUUGAUCUGGAUGUUCAUGUGUGUGAUGCCGGCGUUGCAGCAUAUUCUGACAAAAUACAACCCACCUUCCUCACAGAAAAGUGAGGGCCAAGGAGAGGACACAAGGCUGGAGAAGAAACAAGAUGAAGGAGUGGAGAAAGAGGAAGUGGAGGUUCCCUGCCACGACAACCAGCCCUCAGAGAGCAAAGUGCUAAAAGAGGUGUCUUUGCCACUUGGCCACAGUGUCACGCAGGGUGUGAUACCAGAAUGUGGACUGGAGAAGGUCCAGAGAGAGGAGAUCCAGACUCUGCAAGAGAGAAAGAGGAUUUCCUACAUGAAUGUCAACCAAGAGAGCCGAGUCCAAAGGUCAGGUGUGUGUGUGGUGAAGCAAUAUCUCCGCAGGGGUGUGUUGACCAAGGACAGAGAGCGACAUAUAGAUGAGCCGCGGGGUCCAGGACUUUUCUAUUUCUUUGGUGGAGCCAAUGGGGCUGAAAUAGUGAGCAGUUACCUUGAAAACAAGGGGUGGAGGAGGAUUUACAACAAGCACAGGGAGGAUUUCAAAAUCAAAUGGUGUGAAACUAAGUCACCAGUCAACUACUGCAACUUCAGAGAAGGUGAACAGUUGAUGUACCAGAUUCCUAACAACAAGGUGCUCACCUCCAAGAUUGGCCUCCUCAGCAGUCUGCGAGAGUACGAGCGAGUCAGCAGCAAAGUCAACCAUGGCCGAGGGCUGAGGAGGCUGAAGAUGGAGGACUUCAUUCCCACCACCUUCCGCAUGGAUGUGAAGGAGGAGAGGGAUGCUUUCUUUGGUGUGAGAUACAACGAAAGUCACAUGUGGAUCUGUAAACCCACGGGUCUGAACCAGGGCAGAGGGAUCUUUCUGCUGAAAAGCCAGGAGGAUUUAACUGCGUUCAGACUGAAGCUGCAGAACAUGGAGGAAAACCAGGCCAACAGGAGGAUGCAACACUGCCAACGCCAGGCUCGCAUUGUCCAGCAUUACAUUCAGAGCCCGCUUCUCCUGAAAGGGAAGAAGUUUGAUGUCCGCUCUUACAUGCUGAUCGCCUGCACUGCACCGUUCAUGGUCUUCUUUCACCAUGGUUAUGUGCGACUGACCUGUGACCUCUACGACCCUAAGUCCGACAAUCUGUCUGCCCACCUGACCAAUCAGUACAUGCAGAAGAAGAACCCUCUGUACAGUGAGCUGAAGGAGGACACUGUGUGGUCCAUGGAGAACUUCAACACCUACGUCAAUGAGCGGUUUCAGGUUGCUAAGGCUCUGCCCAGGGACUGGGUGCUGGGUGUCUUUGCAAAGCGAAUGCAGCGAAUUAUGACGCAGUGUUUCUUCGCAGUCAAAUCCAAGUUAGACUGCCGACUGGGCUUCUUUGACUUGAUUGGCUGCGACUUCAUGGUUGAUGAGGACUUCAAGGUGUGGCUGUUAGAAAUGAACUGUAAUCCAGCUCUGCAUACAAACUGUGAGGUGCUGAAGCAGGUGAUACCUCAAACUGUGGUGGAGACUCUUGAUUUGACUCUGGAGAUCUUCAACAAGUGUCGUCUCAGGCAGAGAAUCUUCCCUUUGGCCAAUCAGAGGGACUUUGUUCUGCUCUACAAUGGAAAUGUUCCUUACGAUUCAGUGCUGACCUGCAACAAGAACAAAACCAGCAGUGAAUUACUUGGUAAAACCACAAACAAGACACUAAAAAAGACUAAAGCCAGGAGGUGCAAGUCAGUAAUUGAUGUGUUUGAUGAUGACUGUUUGAACGUGUCAGUGAGUGGUGAUGAAGCACAGAUGAGUUCAAAGACUGGCCACCAUCCAAACUCCUCCUCUUCAGUGCUCUUUCUAAACUCAUCACCAGUGCAGAAACCCAUCAACAUCCAGCAGACUGUCAGGAGCAAGAGCCACAGGCCGCGGGUCCAACUACAGCUGAGCAAAUGUAUUGUGCAUCACCAUUUGAAAUCUGCAGGGGACAUGAAGCAUCCAAAGACACGGGUCAUCAUGGCACUGUCAUCAUCUUCACAGCUGAGGAAGGGGAUCUCUGUCUGUGGCUCUCUGCAGACAGGACUUCCUGUGCGUGAGGAUCCUGCUGAUCAGGACUUCAGAGAGGAGACAAAGAGUUUAGUGAAUGAAAGAGAAGUGGAACUGUGAUGAAAGUACACAAACAUCUGUGGUCUAAAAAUAAAUCGACAUGUCAGACACCUGGUACUGCAUUAUUCUCAAAGAAAUGCCAACACAAUCCAUGUCUAACAUGACAAUAAGGAAUCUAUUUAUCUCCUUAGUGUUGAUAAGAAGUGACAAAUAAGUUUGUAAAUAAUAAACUUCAGUUUAAAUUGG